AUGAGGACUGUGGCGGGUGCAGGUGCGGUUGAGACGCAAGAGUUGCUGGCUGCUUUGCUGACAGGCGAGGGGAUCCAACCGGAGCUUGAUGACGACAUGAGUGCUCGAUUCGUGAUUGUGGGCGUUGACGGAAAGGAUCACGCGUACGCUGUUGUACUAGCUCCCGAAGCCGAUCUUCAGAGACUCGAUGACCAGGUGCAUGGCACGGAACCGGAUGCCUCCAGGGUGAAUAGUGCUGCCGAAGUAAUCUGGGACGUGUCACGAAAGUUCGACCUCUGCAAAGACUCGAGCAGACUGAGACUUUUCUGGUCUCCUGAGGCGCCUGCUCCGUAUACCGAGUCGGUGGUAUUCCGCCAUAUCGAGAGGUUCAUGAAAACCGUGGAAGACACUUUACAGAACAGGCUGGAGACGUUAGAGGAGGAGCUCAUGGAUAGUUCGGAGCUCAUGGAUAGUUCGGAGCUCAUGGAUAGUUCGGAGGCGGCCGUUGGUAGUUCGGAGGCCACGAAAAUUUUGAUGGAACACAUGGUGAAUGAUCUGUGGGAGGCUGACAACGUUUGGAGGGAGGUUUUCGGUGAAUGUAGGUCCAAGUUGAUGACGGCGUUUAGUAAUGAGGGAUCAGUGUUGAAGACAACUGAUUCGGAGGAGUUGGAAGUGUUCGCUUCGAUGAAGCUGACAAAGCGAAGGUUGCAGGCUUUGCAACCGGUGGUGCCGGAGGGAUGGAAAGACGUGAUGCGAAGGGCCACGAUUGACUUGGACCGUUUUGACAUCGAAGCGGUGCGCGUUCUCCCUCCAAAUGGUUCGCUACUAUGGAAAGGAAUUGGAGUGGCCGGUCUAUUAGCCGCUGGGUGGUUAUUAACGGCCGCCUAUUUACGAGUGAAGUCUUCCAAAGCGUUUUCCGUUUUGUCUGCACUGGAGAAACCGUGGCAGGAGUGUGUCCGACACGUGCCCGACAGAAAUGAUUUGCUGCCGCCGGGGUCAUCCUUCCGCGAACCCUGUACUAAAAAAUGGGGUGAGGGAACACUCAUUUGUGCACGCGGCGAUUGGAGAUCAGAAGUGGAACACGUCUGUUUCCCUUACGGUAACGGAGUACCGAUCGGACCCGAAUUUUCAGUUCUUGAAGAAGCCAUUCUUAACGAAAGAGGAUACUUAGGCUGCCUUCCCUUGUGUACAAGCCAUAUGGUGGACCAUCUGUAA